GGAGAAUUCUUUGUAUGUUGCUUUUGUUUGUAUGUUGUUUUGAUCAGCUUAAAUAUAUUCUCAACAUCCAAAAGUUGUAUAAAAGCAUAUUUUAUCUGAACUUCGCAAAAUCAUUCCACAUAUUUCUAACAACAUCUACCGCUCGGCAUAAACAAUGACAAUGUUUUUGAAGCUGACAAUGGGGAGUUUGCUGUUCUUUUGUUGUUUGGUUGUUGUGUUUUCUCUUCAAUGUUGUUGUAAAAAGAAGAAGUGCAAGAAGGUUGGAGGAAAGAGAAGGGAAGAAGCUAUGCCAAAACAAGAAGAAAAACAAAAAUCGGCAGAAACCAAAAAAGAUGCUGCUGCUAAUGGAAAUAAGAUCUCAAAAGUUCCGCCAACUUCCAGCAAGGCUGUCGAAACCGUCAAAGCAAAAGAGGGCGAGAAGGACAAGAAGAAUAAUAGUGGUGAAGAAAAGACUGCUAUUUCUGCAGAACAUCCAUUUUCAACUGAAGAUGGAAAUGAUAGUAAAAUGCCUAGUACUUUAAAAUCAAAAGCAACAGCCUUCACUCCGGGUACUGGAGAGACAAAGACAACAACCCCAACAACAACUACCCCAACAACAAAAUUGUCUUUGUCUAAAAUUGGUGAACAAGGAGGGGAAAAGAAAGUUUCGGCCGUUUUGACAGCUUUGACAGAACAAGAAAAAAUCUUGGUCAAAGAAGCAGAAGAAGGAAGGAAGUUCCCAUUGGAAGAAGACAUUGAUGAAAAUCCUGACUAUGAUACAUUGCAAUAUGCUGAUAAAAAGGAUGUAUUUAAGACAGGAUUCACAUCAAAAGGAGUUCGAAUUGAAAAGGAAAAGCCAAAAACGAUUAAAAUCAAGCCUGGUGAUUCUGCCUAUUUGGGUGAUCCUGCCUGAUAAUGCUAAAAGAAGAAAUUGUUGGAAGAAAGAAAUAAAUAUAUAAAAGAUAUAUAAAUAAUAUUUGUUUGUUUGUUAAUAUAAUUAUUGUAAAAUAUAUAUUUGGGGAGUUGUUAAAUAAAUUGUCCUAUAUUAAAUUUUUAAAAAAUGAUUUGGAAUAUUUAUGAGUUUAUAUGUAGUAGUGAUGGUCGGGAUUCCCGGUCUCGGUUCCCGAGUCGGGAAAUUUCCCGGGUUUUUUGAGCUCUCGGUCUCG